AUCUGUGCGUUCAAACAUGCAUUUGAAAGGUUUAACAUUUCCCUAUCAUCUGUCAAAGUUUCAUUCAUUUUGGUUGACAUAUAACGAAGAUAUCACAGUUCAUGUUAAACAAGAUUUUGGUCGAGGUAGAAAUUUUAAUAUGGAACAAAGAGCAGUGAUUAAAUUUAACGCAAAACUUGGUAAAAGUGCAUCAGAAACAUUCCGAUUGAUGCAACAAAUUUACGGCAAUCAAUGUCUAGGUCGUACAGCUGUUUUUGAGUGGCAUAAGCGUUUUUUGGAAGGCAGAGAGACCCUUGAAGAUGACAAAAAAUCAGGACGGCCAAUUUUGGUUCGAACACCCGAAAUGAUCGAAAAAGUACGUAAUUUUGUUGCAAACGAUCGCAAUGCGUCACUAAAAAUGAUGGAGGAGGCUUUAAAUAUCAGUAGAGAAACGAUUCGAACCAUAUUACAUGAAGAUUUGGGUAAAACGAAGAGACAUUGUUGCAGCCGCAGCAAAUAAUCCAAACUUCCUAAAAUCAAUUGUUACGGGUGAUGAAACAUGGUGCUUUCAAUAUGAUCCAGAAACUAAGCGUCAAAGUGCGGAAUGGAAGUCAAAAAAUUCACCACAAGCAAAAAAAGUACGAAAAGUUCCAUCAAAAAUCAAGACAAUGCUCAUCACAUUCUUUGAUAGCAAAGGUAUUAUCCACAAAGAGUUUGUUCCAACUGGCCAAACAAUUACUGGUGCAUAUUAUCUCGAAGUUUUAAAGCGAUUGAUGGGCAGAAUUCAUCGUAUUCGCCCCGAAUAUCGUG